UAUGAUGCAGUUGCAACAACCCAGCAAAAACUAACUGUCAACUCAUCCUUUUCGUUUGAGAAAUUUUUUCGAAAGAACACGUUUCUCGCUUUAUAAAGAAAUUUACUUGGUUCAGCGCUGAUCUAAACAUCGUUGAUUAACUCGACCAGCAAAAAUGGCAUCGGCAGCAAAAGAUAUUGAAAAAUCGAAACAAGAUGUGCCACAAGUGCAUCGCAUUCGUAUCACCUUGACAUCGAAGAACGUACGUUCUCUGGAGAAAGUAUGUGCCGAUUUGAUUAGCGGUGCCAAGAAACAGAAACUCCGUGUCAAGGGACCCGUCCGUAUGCCAACCAAAACAUUGCGCAUCACAACGCGUAAGACACCUUGCGGUGAAGGUUCGAAAACUUGGGAUCGCUUCCAGAUGCGAAUCCACAAGCGAAUCAUAGAUUUGCACUCUCCGUCCGAGAUUGUAAAGCAAAUCACCUCGAUCAACAUCGAACCGGGAGUAGAAGUUGAGGUCACCAUUGCCGAUGCUUAAGUACAAGAAUUUUGUUUUUUUUGUAUUUUACACAAUUUGUAAGCUCAAUACAACAGCGUUGAUCUUAAACUA